AUGAACUUACGCAUACCAAUCGGGUUUAUAACCAUGAUAUUCGCCGUGCUUAUGUCAGCUUGUGUAUUCUUUGACUUAACGAGGCACAUGAAAACAAACAACACCGAUAUAAUAGAGGUAUUACUCAAUAGGGAGGAAGUUGUAAAGCGCCAAUAUUCCAUGCCAUUCGCAAAUGAUGAGUCAAAUACAAAACGAACCACAAGCAUGGGGGGUGGUCCAGCGAGCCAAAACUGCAUGUCAUUCUUAAACGAAGGGCCAGCAAAUAUAAAGUACGCCAUAAAUGAGGAUACCAAACACGGAAAUGCUUCGUGCUUUGUAAAAGACAUACUCGAUCCCCUUUCAAAAGUGGACUUAAAGAUAUACUCUGAGCAGUUCGUUGCAAACGAAACAUCCGAAAUAGAGAUCAAAUACAAGCUUCUGGACGGGGAAAGUAUGCGAAACAACUUUGCCGGAUACCAGAAUGACUGUAUUUUUGACAAUUUAGAGCCAAUUGACGAGAAUUAUGUAGAAAUGUCCAGAUUUGCGUGUUUUACUUCAGAGCCGGCGUAUACGAACUUCUAUGCGAAUAUAAUUGGAGACAGGAACUUCGUCGAGCGCAAAAGUGAGCUUUUGAAGGAUAAGAGUCUGAAAAAAAUCCUCUAUUUCGGGUGGCAGUCUUGCCUUUGGUCGAAAGAUUACUACUCAUCACUAAAAACCCUUUUAGGCAAGGUUUUAGAUGAAAAGAACUAUCGCCCUGGAAUGAAAGUCGGUCGGCAGGUUGAGCUUCUUGGAGGAGUUGCAUUUGUGUAUGACGCUGUGAAAUUUAACACAUUCAGCACGAUAGAGGUAAUAAUUUCAAGGUACCAGCAGACUUUGAAGGCUUUUAAGAAUGAUGUGAUCCAAAAAGAUGAUUUGCAAAAGCUAGCAGCAGUCCAGCUUAGAUCAGAUGCAUACUCUCUGAUAGACUCUUUAAUGCUUCUAGAAUAUAUUGCCGAGAGCAUAAGAACGAUAUCCAAAAAACACGUGGAAUUCGUUAAAGAAGGCAGCAUUUCGGCUGCAGUGGCAGGUACCAGAGAAGUGAAUGCGCUUAACUUCUCCAUCAUGGACAGCCUAAAUAACAGCACCUUCGGAAAAGACAAUAUAUUCACAAAGCAGACGUUUACAUGGCUAAAUUACAUCGAGAGGAGUGUGGAUGUGAUCAAAGCAGCAUAUGAUGAGAUAAACGCGGCUUGGAAAUCCCCAAUAACGAGCAUGAAAGAAGACUUGGAGGCGCUAAAGGAUCUUCAGAAAUCUUUAAAAGCACGUUUGGGGACAGAUCAGACCUUUAUAUUGGUGAAAGGCAUACCUCUGGAUAAGGUAGAUGCUGAUAGUGUGAAGAAUAGCAUGGUCAGUAUUGAUCAUAUGAUUUCAUCGCUGCAUGAUCUGUAUGCUUCCGCCUCUAAAAAAUUCGAAAAAAAGAUAAGCGAUUUCUGCAAAAACAAAACAUCUGACUGUUUGGCGGAUAUGUAUGGGUAUACGUUUAUGCCAGAUGACCCAAUGAAAGGCAAGAUUACGCUAGAAAAUCACAGGAGUGCCUACGAAGAAGCCCUGGCACACAAUGAUUCUUCCCCGAUACCUGCAAGCAAUCCCGGCACAUCAUAA